AGGUGUAUCACCUCAAGCAGCCGGUCGCACCAUGCCGAAGCAAAUCCACGACAUCAGGGACUUCCUGCAAAAGGCUCGCCGCCGCGAUGCCAAGUCUGUGAAGAUCAAGAACAACAAGGCGACUCACUCGACCAAGUUCAAGAUCCGCUGCUCCAGGUACCUGUACACCCUGUGCGUCACCGACAAGGAGAAGGCCGACAAGCUCACGCAAUCGCUUCCCCCCGGUCUUCACAAGAAGCAGCUCCAAUGAUUCAUCUCAUCCGUCUCGUUCAGACUGGAUUCGUCUCAAGGUUUCCUAGCUUCCUGAUGACGGGGUUGACUUUGCUGCCGGGACCGGACCUCUCGAAUCGAUGGGUUUCGUCUUCUCUGCUGUGAUGGCUCGGGGAUGGGAGGGAAGGGGGGGAUGUUCAUCUCCAAUCGACCCGUUGUUGUCACUUGCGUGAUUAUGCACGGGCUCGCGCCCUUCCUUUCUCGAGUGCGGAUGCGGAGGGAUAGCGUUGACACUGCUUGUGUUGGAAGUGGCUGGGAUGUUGAAGGUUGGUCGGUUGUUAAUGCCGAGCAUUUGAGAUUUGGGAUUUUAAGGGAGGUGCCGAGCUGACUGCUGCUCUCGAAAAAAUAUGAUUUUUUUGAAACACA